CCUCCCCUCCGGUUGAUCGAUCAUCUCUUGCAUCGAUCUUAAUUUCUCAUCUUUUCGCUCUCGAUCUCCUACAGAAGCAAUAGUAGCCAGCAAAUCAAUCGAUCGAUCCGUACAAUGGCGGCCCUGAAGAUGAACAGGAUGGCCGUGGCGGCGCUGUUCCUCGCCGCCGUGGUGGUGGCGGGCGGCGCUGGCGCUAGCGCCCACGUCGGGGUUGGGGCUGGGGCUGGGGCCGACGCCGGCGUCGGCGCCGCCGUCGGGGCUGGCGCUGACGCCGCCCUCGGGGUUGGCGCCGGCGCCGCCGGCGCCGCCGGGGCUGGAGUUGGAGCUGGAAUUGGAGCCGCCGCCAACGUCGCCGGGUCUCUCACCGGCGCCGCUGAGGGCGCCGCCGGCGUGGCACCCAAGGUGCAUGUGUGAGAUCGAUCGAUCGAUCGAGCGCGCCGCGGCUUCCAUCUCCACGACUCCAUCCGCCCGCAGCGGCUCCGGCGAUCCAUAUUUUUAUAAAUUCGCAGUCGAUUGUUUGUUGUUAAUCAAAGUUUGGUUAAUUUAUCCGUCGAGUGUUUGGUUGUUUAUUUCAUAUGCAAACCUCGCGAUUUGUGAUAAAUAAUUACCGAAAUGUAUGUGUGUGUGGGGUGCUAAUUCAUCCUUCACUCCAUUAAUUUGUUAUAAAUAUAUAUCCUUGUACUAGUGUAAAUGUAAUAAAGAUCUUAAGUUAUGGGUGGAUCAUCA